AUAAGGUUGUGCGCGGUUUUUUUAAAAUCCUUUUCGGUGUGUCAGGGGAUUACAUGAUUUCAAAAGAGCAACGAAGUCGAAGAGUCCACGCGCUUCUGAGCUGCAAAGAGGCAAUUUCUUUGUCUGCCUGUACAUCUGAGUCUCCGCGAGUCUGCUGUCUCCUGUUUCUUGAGAAUUCAACGGCGAAUAGAAAUACAAAUGAAAAAGCGUACGUUUUCCCUGGAGAAAAACCGGACAGAGAAGGGCGUUUGCCUCGUCACAGCAUGCCCGGUCGCGUCCGCGCGACAAGCUGUCUCCUUUUCGCGUAUAGAGAAGUCACUGUUCAAAAGAAAUUUUUUCCUCCGUGGAAGGAGCUUUUUCUCUCUUGGGUACCGUCUCUCGGACUGCUGGUCUCGGCGGAAAGGCACCUUCCUUGUCGGUUUGAGGGCGUCGGACGUCUGCACUCGAGAAAAGAAGUUUGGUCUACAGCAGCGACGCCUGCUGUUAGUGUUUCUUUUCUUCGGCUCUUUUCUGUGAGAGUUCUGCAGCAGAGAUGCAAUGCGACCUGCAUGUUUCUGCAGUUUUCCUGCCUCGCGGAUGUUGAACAGUUUUCGACUCCUCGUCGAUGCUCCACCGUCGGCGUGAACGGCCGCCGCAGCUGGUUCUUCUUCUGCUUCUUCUUCUCCUUCUUCUUCUUUUCCUUCUUCUUCUCCUUCUUCUUCUUCUCCUUCUUCUUCUGCUUCCUUUGCAGGUCGCGCCCUGCGUCUCGUCGACGCCUUUCGUCUGUUUCGCCUGCGCGUCGGCAGUUCUUUUUUCUCUCUCUUCCGUCCGUGGGCUCGCGAAAGGACGCCCGUUCUCUCUCCCGCUGCUGUGGCUUGCGACACUGCAAGAAGAAGCCGCGAGGAUUCAAGUGCGGCGGCACUUCCAGAGCGGACAAAAAGAACUCGAAGCAGUCCUGUCGUCUUCAGCUGCGUCCGGAGCCAUGUCGAGACCGUCGCCUCGGCCUCCGGAAGCUGCUUCGCGCCUCGGCGCGCUGCCGACGUCGAAGCGCGUCUCUCUCCCCUCAGUCCUUCUCGUCGAGGCAGACGCUCUCGUCCUCGACUGGGGAAGUUUGCUGCAGUGCCUCCUCCAGGGUCUGCUCGGCAGGAAGCUUCUUGCCGAGGAGACUUCGCAGCUUCUCGUCCCCGGCUCUUCUCUGCUCCAGGUUGGCGCGCGCAUCGUCGCCGAGGCUUCCAGUCCGAGACUCUUCUCUGCCGCCGAAGCCGCCAAGUCGCCGCUUUGCGAGGCCGCACUGGGCGUCUCUGUCCAGACCCUCUGUGGACGCGUUCUCGACUCGGUCUCGACCACGAAGGUUCUGCCAGUUGCCUCUCCGAGCAGUGACGAGCGUUCGCCUUCUGCUCCUGGACGUUCGCUGCCAACAAGUGAGGAAACGUCUUCGCAGCCGUUCCUGCAACGCGUCCUGCACGCCCUCAAAACGACGGUCAAACCUCACAUCGGGGCGUACCGUUUUCUGCGGGUGCUCUUCCUGCAUGUCUGCGGAGACCCCCGGGGACGCGCUCGAGCGCAGCUUCCGCCUCUGGCUGGCGCGGCCGUCAACCGCCGAGCCUCGGAGGACGACGGCGACGAAGACUCUCCUCGUCCUGUCCAUGUCGUGCUCUGCACAAGCAACGCGGAGCUGUGGGAGGACCAUUUGGCGAUGCUAAGGCGGCGCGGAGCCUCCCUGGUCGCAGAGCCGGCGGCAGACAGCCAUGCGAGUGCUCGUCGCGACGGAGGCGAGCCUCGCGCGGCCUCCCGCUGCUCGUCGCCUCCCCAGCUGCGCAUGCGGAGAGGACGUUCGCCGAGUUCAGAGCUGGACGGCCCCGGCGCAAGUUCUCAAACUCCUGAGGUGUUCACGCGCCUUGUGGACGCGGGCGCCGUCUCUCUCUUCGCUCUGCAACGAGGCGUCGACGCGCUCCGACUCUUCGUCGAGGAGCAAGCGCAGGCCACAGUCUGUGGCGACCGCGGCGCGAGAGAGGCUCGAGGUUUCGCGAAGCGCCGCGGGUCGCCAGGGGAUGCGGAGACGGGAGAGACGUCGUCGAGGUCAGGGCGGACAACGAGGGGGAGGGAGGAAGGAAGAACAGAUCCGCCGCUUCCCGGGGGACCCUGCGCCGGCAGCCGAGACGCGCGAGGAGGUGCAGCAGUCGCCGUCGCCGCAAAAUCGAAGGCCUUCGCGCAGUUCGCCAGUGCAGCAGGGUUCUCCCAGUCGGUGCCUCUUCUGCGGCGAACGCGGCUCCAUCCGUCCGCUGCGACGCGCAUGAGUGCAUGCAGCGCCAGCGAGUUCUCCACAGCGGCGACGACGCCUCUGUCUGCUUCGGUCGAGACCGGCGAUGUGAGUUCCCCCGAGAGACGGCGCCUCUCCGGUCUGAGCACACCGUCGUCACCCGCUGCGCGUGAUGGGUCGUUGGAAGUCUGCGACGCGAUCCACCAGGCGUCCAGCCGAGCGUCCACCCCCGCGGACUUCCGUCCUUGCUCGCGGUGCGGUGGCCGCGCAGCCGAGGACUGCGACCCGGUUGAGUUCGAAGACAUGCAGGCAUCUUCGCGUUCUCUCGCGCUCUGCAGCGCAUGUGACGAGGCGUUGGAAACUGCUCUUCUCGACAGCAUCGACGACGUCGACUUGCUGCGACUCUUCCAUCCUCAUGCAUGGAGCCGACCUGUGCAUGCGCAAGUGGAACAUCCGAGUUCCCUCGUCUCCACCUCCUGCACCUACAGUCCCGUCGCCCCGACCCCCAUAUCUGAGAAAUGCCUUCCACACUCUUCUUCGUGUUCUUCUUCGUCUUGUUCUUCUUCUUUUUCUUCUUCGACUUGUUCUUGUUCGUCUUGUUCUUCUUCUGUCGCAACCAUCCCCGCGAGCGACAUGCGACUGCUUCGGAGCGGUCUUCUGCAGCCUCCGGUCUAUCCAGCGAAAGUUUCGCCGCUUGGCUUCGCCCGUCCAGUGCCUGCGACUGGCGUUUCCGCCGCGUCGCGCAGGUCGAGGUCCACGGGACGUCGGGACUCGAGGCCGGAAGUGGAGGCGGAUGGAGACAGAUGCUGGCAGGUGAGCUGCGCAGCCUGUCGCUGCCUUGCAGCCGAAGAAGAGGCUGCGCUUUUGGAGGCGCAGGACGGACGGGAGAGCGCCAGAGACGCCUUGCGAGAGGCGGGCGCAGACUGCAGAGAAAAGCCGAGCGAAGCUCCGACGACCCCCGCUGCAUGCGCUUUUCAGGACGCUGUGGGGUCUUGGGAGGCCGCGGCGUCGGGCGUCGACGCUUGGGGCAAGUCUGUCGAGUUGAUGUUUCCUGUGUUGGUCACGGGAACAGUUGUCAAGGGAUUCGGACGAGGAAGUAAGAUGCUUGGAAUUCCGACAGCAAAUGUUCGGCAAGCAGUGGGUCCUGUGGUCCUUCGGUGCGCCGAGGCCGAGGCGCGCUGGCGUCGGACUGCUCGAGAGCGGCUGACGCGCUCGCUGGACGGUUCUGGAAAAGAGACCGAGACCCGAUCGCGCAUGCAGGAAGCAGAACAGACAGAAGAGAAGGGAGGUGGAGAGCGAGAAGAAGGAGAGACCGGUUCGGAGAGAGAGAACGAGGACUGGGUGAGGGAGGUGAUACGAACGUCACACCCUGUAGCACUCUUCCCCGGCGUCUACUACGGAUGGGCUACGCUCCACCCUUUGUCGCUGGCCAACGCGGGAGGCGAAACAGAGCAACAUGAGAUCGAUCGCAACAACGCGAAGGUCGAGCGGAAGGUCGAAGUCUUCAAGACGGCGAUGUCUGUGGGCUACAAUCCGUACUUUGGGAACACUUCGGUGACCAUUGAGCCUUACAUCUACCACGAGUUUGACGAAGACUUUGUUGGGAGCCCGAUCACGGUCUUGGUCACAGGUUUCCUCCGCAGCGAGGCUGCGUUUUCGUCCUUCGGUCACUUGAUUCAGGCGAUUCAGAACGACUGCGAAGUCUGUCGAACUGCCUUGGAUCACCCGAGUUUCCUUUCCUCGAAACGCCUGCUCGAGGUGCUGUGUCAACACAAUGACGACCCGCCACACACUUCGAGUCUCUGAACGGAGGCGUCGCGCGAUGUCUCUCGGUGUAACUUCCAGAGUACGGAAGCGAGACACAAGAGAGUCGCCGGCGCGUCUUGGUGUCACAAGGCGCUUCGAAACGUCCAGGUUCCGGAACAACGCCUUCCAGGAGGUUCUGCCCUUCUCGACACUCACUACUAGACACGAAGAGAAAAACUGCUUUCUCUGAGGAAUGGAAAGUUGUUUCCACACGCAAACCUGUUCGGUGAAUUCUAAACCGCAACGCUUCUC